CGUUUUUGCCAUUCAGUCGUCAGUUGUAUCGCCACGUGGUCGCUGCUGUGGAGCGGUGAGGUUGGGUCGCUGUCCAAGCCAGCAGUGAUAGGCAACGUGGCAGCCGACUCAAACUAACACGAUACCUGCCGACUGGUCACGUCAGGUUCGGGAAGCACUCUCUCCCGCCCAGACUUUGUUCGGUUGUUAUUUUUCAAGAGCGCGCACAGAACCAAGUUGCUGCCAUGGCCACGUCGGAGAGCUCACGGCUCAACAAGAUGGUGAAGAGCAAGUACAUGGAGCUGCCGCAGGGCGACGCGGUGCAGGCCAUGUACAUCUGGCUGGACGGCACGGGGGAGGGCCUGCGCUGCAAGACGCGCACCCUCGACGCGGAACCCAAAACCGUGGCCGAUCUGCCCGAAUGGAACUUCGAUGGCUCGAGUACGUACCAGGCAGAGGGGUCCAACAGCGACAUGUACCUGAUCCCUGUGGCCAUGUUCAGGGAUCCCUUCCGCAAUGACCCCAACAAGCUGGUGCUCUGCGAGGUCCUCAAGUACAACCGCCAGCCGGCCGAGACAAACCUGCGUGGGACCUGUAAAAUGGUGAUGGAGCGGAUUCGGGCGCAGGUGCCGUGGUUCGGCAUGGAGCAGGAGUACACGAUCCUCGGCGUGGAUGGGCACCCCUUCGGCUGGCCAUCCAACGGCUUCCCCGGGCCCCAGGGUCCAUAUUACUGUGGUGUAGGCUCUGAUAAGGCCUACGGUCGGGACAUCGUGGAGGCACAUUACCGAGCAUGCCUCUACGCCGGUGUGAAGAUCUGUGGCACCAACGCAGAGGUCAUGCCCUCGCAGUGGGAGUUCCAGGUCGGGCCCUGUGAAGGCAUCGACAUGGGUGACCACCUGUGGGUGGCUCGCUUCAUCCUGCACCGCGUGUGCGAGGACUUUGGUGUCGUGGCCACGUUCGACCCCAAGCCCAUCCCGGGCAACUGGAACGGUGCUGGCUGUCACACCAACUUCAGCACGCUGCCCAUGCGAGAGGAUGGUGGCCUGCAGCACAUAGAGGAGGCGAUCGAGAAGCUGGGCAAGCGGCACAGCUACCACAUCCGCGCGUACGACCCGCGCGGGGGCCUGGACAACGCGCGCCGUCUCACGGGCUCGCACGAGACAUCGAGCAUACACGAGUUCUCCGCCGGCGUGGCCAACCGCGGCGCGUCGAUCCGCAUCCCGCGCCAGGUGGGCCAGGACGGCUGCGGCUACAUGGAGGACCGACGCCCCUCGGCCAACUGCAACCCCUACGCCGUGACGGAAGCGCUGAUCCGCACGUGUUUGCUGCACGAGAGCGGCGAUACGCCGACCGUGUACAGCGACAAGGACGAGAAGGCUUAGGGCAGCGUGCCGCUCCCUGCCCGUCCAUCCACUCCCACGCUGCCGCCAUUCCCGCUCGUUGUCCCCGUUUAGCCGCGCGUGUCGUCACCGCCGCAGUGUCCCUUCGUUAUCCCUCACCCUCGAUUGUUUUCAGGGUUCUUUUGUUUGGUUUUAUUAUUCCUUUCCAUAAACUGCUCACCUGGUGCGAGGAGAAAUGAGUGAUCGUAACAAUAAUAACAACCCAUGUGUUUCUCAUGCUAGAUUUUCAUGGGGCAUUUUGGUUUUGUUUCCCCAUCUGCUUCGUGCCACUGCUCAUGGUAACGAAUGGAUUAUAAUACAUGUUUGUCGCUAAUUUUUUUCCUUCAUUAUUUAACUGUUAACAUUGUCAUAUCACAAGUGCAGUGAAUGAUUAUAAUUAUUUUGCUUCUGCUCUGUGUGUGCUCUUGCCAAUCCACGCAUUGUCUGUUAUGAUUUAGAUUGCACUUUGAAUUCUCGUUGGCUGGUACACGGGCUGAGCAACCUCGGCUGUUCACAAGAAUGUAAUGCUCCGUUUAAAUUCUCAUUCAAGAUUAAAUGUAGUCUCUGCUUUUACCGUUUAUUUUUAAACAGUUAUUUUAAGCCUUUGACGUUUUUUCUCUUUGCUUAUGAAUCUUGCGUUUUUAGUUUUAUAUAAAUUAACGCAAAUCACGUUGCAAUAAUACAAUACCAGAAUAUAAAAAUUGUUUAGGAGUCGUUGUUUACUAAAACAUAACUUGUACGGACAUACUUAAAGGGGUGCUGUAUCUUACAAGUCUCAGACAAAUAUUUGAGAGUUUUUUGACUGUAUGCUACUGUAAGCCUGUUGUCUGCCAAGCGUUAACCUGAUGCAAUAUUUAAAGCUUGCCCUGUUCGUUUGUAAACGAGUCAUUUUUGGAAGUCUAAUUAUUUUCAUCCACUUUUGAACGGUUCAAAUUGUGUGCUUUCAAACUGCCAACAUUUCUAAGGUUCCUAUUUCUGGUCUAGAUUGGUUUUUGUGGUCAAUGCAAAUUAAAAUAAAUGAAAAGCAUAACAUUUGUUUGCGAGUAAUACAAAUCUAAACUGGCACAGCUGAAAACUGUUGUUUCGUGUGAACAGUUGGUUUGUGAAUGCAAGUCAGCUUUUGUGAGAAGCAUUAAAAGAACUUUUAAAAUGGGGCAUUUUUUUUUACUGGCAAGCUUUUUGUAAUUCAGUACAUGUAACAUAGCAGUGCAGAAAGUAGUUUUGUACUUUUUCAAAUUUGCACCCACUAAGACCUCUUAUUAAAUGUGGUGUUUUUACUUGUAAAAGGCGUUAACGUUUAAGUGCAUCUGUGAUGUCUUGAAGCCUGUAGAAUUUACAGGGUAUAUAGGAUGAAGUGCCAUGGUGUGUCUAUGGUAUUUCGUGAUGUUUUACCAUGCAGUCUUGGUCUGUCCAGUAUCUUGGUUUUUGGGUAAUAAAAUAAAACAAACCUUGAAAGGUUCACUUUGA